GGGCUAUUUGAAAUGGCGGCCGGCGGGUAGAGCGCUCUGGGUGGGGCCGGGGCGCGGGGCGGCGGUUGCCAUGGCGACGAGGCAGCUGGCCAGGCAGCUAGGCAUUAUUCAGAGUGUUUUCAAACCUCCCGAUGGCCAAAGUCACAACCAAUGCAAGCUGCGGCAGCUGUUCGACUACUUAAUAAUUAUUGAUUUUGAGUCUACCUGCUGGAAGGAUAUCCGAAGAUGUCAAGAAAUAAUUGAAUUUCCAGCAGUUCUCUUGAACACCUUAAAUGGAGAAAUUGAGACUGAAUUUCAUAUGUACGUCCAGCCCCAGGAACAUCCGACUCUCUCUGAAUUUUGUAUUGAGCUAACUGGAAUAAAACAGCAUCAAGUUGAUGAAGGAGUUCCACUGCAUAUAAGCCUAUCCCAAUUUUCUAAAUGGAUUUACAAGAUCCAGAAGGAGAAAAACAUUGUUUUUGGUUCGACUUGUGCUGCUCCCAAAGAAAAAUUAUGUGCCUUUGUUACGUGGUCAGACUGGGACCUGGGAAUUUGCCUGCACUAUGAAUGUAAAAGAAAACAGCUACGGAAGCCUAAUAUUUUAAAUUCUUGGAUUGACCUACGGGCCACUUACAAGAGCUUUUACUCUAGGAAGCCUCAAGGUUUAAACGGCGCAUUGAAAGACGUGGGUAUUACUUUUGAAGGACGAGAACACUCUGGCCUGGAUGAUUCUCGGAAUACAGCUCGACUCGCUUGGAAGAUGAUUCGUGAUGGGUGUGUAAUGAAAAUCACAAAAUCGUUGGAUGAGGCGCCUCCAGCGAAGAAUUCCAUGGCCAGGUUUGGGGGCGAGAAUCCUACCCAUGGUGGCCCUUUGGGAACCAACCCUCUUGUCAAAGCAUCAGCGUUGGGCGGAAGCGAAAAGGAAGCUGCUCCAGAAAUCAAGAGAAAAGAAGAAGAUCCGCCACAAGAGACGGUUCACGUUGGCUUGUUGGAGGACACACCUGUUACAUCUAGAAAGAGCGAAAAGACUGAUGAAUGUUGUAGCACCAAAAUGAACUUAACCUUGUCCAUAGAAAGGCCCCGCUGGGCUCUGGGUAAUCUUCAGCACCCUCGCUGUGGACCCUCAGGCCUUCAGAGUUGGGGAAACAAGGGCCAACUUAUUCCAAACCCUUCUACGCCCAACCGAAGGCUCGUUUUGGUCCCCACCACUCUGUCCACCGUCAACAUUUCCGAGACCGACAUCAGCACCACUCCAGAUUGUCUCUCGAUGUUGGCCGACUGGGAAGACGUCGCAAUCAUACCAGAACAGGAAGAUGACCCCGAUCCAGAAUCCUCGCCCUCAAAAGAUAACCCCAAGAGAGCAUUAGCGACAGAAGAUAGGAACAACGCUAUGAAGACCGUUGGAGAGGACGAUAGGGUAGAUACUCCUCCCAGUAGAGAGCUCUCAAAAUACGUCGUCUACAAGAGCCCAAAUACGACCAUUUACAACACGGGCCGAGCUCCUAGCAAGCCUUCAGAUGCUUCUAGGUUUAAGCUCCCAGUCGUAACGGCAGAGGCAUCUUCCCCCAACCCGCCAGGCAGAAAUCCCCUCGCCUCUUCGACCGAGGCCAUCAAAAGGAAGCCCUCCAGCCCCAAAUCUUGGCCUCCCAGCAAAAAAACGUCCUUCAGGAUCUAUGAGGACGGAAUCCCAACGUUGAGCCGUUUCCCGUCGCCCGGAGCGAAUCCAUGCGGCAUCUCUCCUGCCCUCUCGAGCUCUUCAGGCAAUUUCAAGCUAACUUCCAGCGUACCAGGAACCGGGAGGACGACCCCGCCGUUAUGCCGGUGUGGCCGAAGAGCGAGAAGGUUGAGCGUUUCGAACGGUGGCCCUAAUCAGGGCAGAACAUUUUACAGCUGCCCAGUGAGAAAAUGCGAAAAGAACUCCAAGGGUUGCAACUAUUUCCGAUGGGAAGAUUUGCAUAUCAAGGAGAAAAUGGCCCUUCCGACUUCAACUUUAGGGGUUGGGGGCUACAAGCUUUUAAAAACUCAGGACCCCUCCCUGGCAAAUGUUAAAGCAAAGUGCUUGAAUCUGCGGCCUUCCAUGCGAACCUAGGCAGGAUUUUUUCUUUUUUUCCUGCCUUUUAUUGGGGAAAUUGAGCAUUUCAACCUUCAGAAAAUUAGCUUUCUUUUCUACAGAGUGUAAUCCUGUUUGGAAGCAUCACCGAAGCUGCGUGUACAUUUAGCAAAUAGUCUCAUCCCGAAUGCCACAGAUUGUCUUGUCUUUUAAGUGUGUACUUUCUCUUCUGUCUUCUAGGUUCCUAAGUUUGAUUAUUUUUUUUUGAUUUUUAGGAAUCAUGUCUGUACUUUAAAUCAGCAAGCCUGACUGCUGAGCAAUUGCUUUUUAAAGAACUGGGUUGC